CAGUGCUAGAUAACUGUGUGGGACUGUCUUUAAAAUAAUUCUGAUUAUUUAUUUCUUCAUUUAUUCAUUCUGUCACACAACUCAUGUUGUUGAUCACCUUCUGGGCCUGGGUGCCGGGGAUGCCAAGCUGGACGAGACAGAUGUAUCCAAUUCCCAGGCCUCUCUGAGGCAGCUCCCCAGCUCGUCUUCCCCUCAGCCCUGGAGCCUCCUCACCCUGGCAUUAGAGCUCAGACCCCUUCACGUUUUCCCCAGUGGACAACAGCAAGGGAGGGACAGGUCUGAGGCUGCUGGGUGGAUGGGCAGUGGGUGCUGUGCCAUCCUAAGACAGGACAUAUUCACAAUCCUACAGUCAGCAUGCUUUGUCGUUCCCCCUGAACAGCUAAGGGACUGGUGAGCUGGACUUUGGAGUCAGGCAGAUGAGAAUGGGAAUCUCAGCUCUCUGCUUACUUGCUGUGUGACCUUGACCAAGUCACUCCACCUCUCUGAACUGCAGUUUCCUUAGUAGUAAAAAGGGGAUGAUAAGAGUACCUGCCUCUUGGUGUCAGUAUGCCUGGCACAAGGUGGGUACUUAGUAAAUGGCAGCCUUCUCACUUUUUAUUGUGUUGAGGUCCUUCUUUGAAAGGAGAAGUUCCAGGGAUCUGGAGCAGUCAGGGAGAACUCCAGGCAGGAAGUGCUUCUGGUAUUGGGUUGUGAAGGAUGGGCAGGGUUGGACGGGUGGAGAGAAGGGCAGCUUGGUCUCUGUGGGUGGCAGGAGAAGGAGGGCUUUUAGAGCUGCCCCAGCCACCCAGAGGAGGAUACUCUUGAGUGUUCUGAUUAGGUUGUAUCCUUAUUGAGGGCUUUUUCCUGAAACCCUCUGCCUGCGAUUCCAGUAGGGGCUUCUCCCACUUGUAGGGCCAGGAAAAAAGGUUAAAGGCACUUCAUUUCAGCCUUGCCUAUCAUAAGAAACAGUUGCAUUUAAGCAACCAAUACCAGUAGGUAUUUAGUUAUAGUAAUUUCUGUAAGAGAGAGAUAAAUAAGAGAAAUCUGAUAGGGAGCAAGACUUAAUGGAAUGCCUCUGUCCAGCAUGGUCCCUAUAAGUCACUUCUUGACUUACUCUAGGGUCACAGGAAGACUUGAACCCUAUGGAAGACAAAGAUAGCUUUGAAGGCCCACCCUUCAUACUGCCCUGGUUGAAAAGCCCUUUUAACUGCACAGGAACUUGCCAGAGGAUGGCCGAGCCUCGAUUUAACAACCCCUACUUCUGGCCCCCUCCUCCAACCAUGCCCAGCCAGCUGGACAACCUGGUCCUGAUUAACAAGAUCAAGGAGCAGCUGAUGGCGGAGAAGAUCCGGCCGCCUCACCUGCCGCCCACGUCGGCCUCGUCGCAGCAGCCGCUCCUCGUGCCGCCGGCGCCGGCCGACAGCAGCCAGGCCGUCAUGUCGCUGCCCAAGCUGCAGCAGGUGCCGGGGCUGCACCCGCAGGCCGUGCCGCAGCCUGACGUGGCGCUGCACGCGCGGCCGGCCACCAGCACGGUCACAGGUCUGGGGCUCUCCUCCCGGACCCCGGCUGUGAGCACAUCUGAGUCGAGUGCGGGCACGGGUACCAGCACCCCAUCCACACCCACCACCACCAGCCAGAGCCGCCUCAUCGCCUCGUCCCCCACCCUCAUCUCAGGGAUCACCAGCCCCCCCCUCCUGGACUCCAUCAAGACAAUCCAGGGCCACGGCCUGCUUGGCCCCCCCAAGUCCGAGCGCGGCCGAAAAAAGAUCAAAGCGGAGAAUCCAGGGGGGCCGCCUGUCCUCGUAGUCCCCUACCCCAUCCUGGCCUCGGGCGAGACUGCCAAGGAGGGCAAGACGUACAGGUGUAAGGUAUGCCCGCUGACCUUUUUCACCAAGUCUGAGAUGCAGAUCCACUCCAAGUCGCACACAGAGGCCAAGCCCCACAAGUGCCCGCACUGCUCCAAAUCCUUUGCCAACGCCUCCUACCUGGCCCAGCACCUGCGCAUCCACCUGGGCGUCAAGCCCUACCACUGCUCCUACUGUGAUAAGUCCUUCCGACAGCUCUCCCACCUCCAACAGCAUACCAGAAUCCACACAGGCGACAGACCCUACAAGUGCCCACAUCCUGGCUGCGAAAAGGCUUUCACUCAGCUCUCCAACCUCCAGUCUCACCAGCGCCAGCACAACAAGGACAAGCCCUACAAGUGUCCCAACUGCUACCGGGCCUACUCGGACUCCGCCUCCCUGCAGAUCCACCUCUCGGCCCAUGCCAUCAAGCAUGCCAAGGCCUACUGCUGCAGCAUGUGCGGGCGGGCCUACACCUCGACGAGGAAACUGAGGCCGAGAGAAGGGCAGUGACUUCCCAAGAUCACAGAGACCUACCUGAUGAAGCACAUGUCCAAACACACGGUGGUGGAGCACCUGGUGAGCCAUCACUCGCCCCAGAGGACGGAGUCCCCCGGCAUCCCGGUGCGAAUUUCCCUCAUCUGAGCCGACGCAAGGCGCCGCCC